CGCAGACUUCAUAUCCGCUUCCUCCUCAUCAACACCACAUCCUACCCACUGCACCGACACUUAAAUCAACAUAUCCUGUCGAAAUGGUUCACGUAUCCGCGAAGCUCCUUCUCGCCGCUCUUGCGGCUUCACCCGCCUUUGCUGCCCCACUCUUACAAGAGGCCACCGAUGAGCAAUUUGCCCGUGACUACUCGGACUUUGACUUCGAGGCCAGGGACUUUUAUGACGACCUCGAUGUUCGCGAGCCCGUCAGCAAGGGCCUAUGGAGCUUCGGCAAAAAGGCAUUCACCGCGUUCUCUGGCGCUGCCACUUUAGGCUCUCUGAUGGCGCCCCUUUUCUCCAAAAAGAAGAAGGACGAGAAAAAGAAACGCUCGUUUGUUGACGACUAUGAGGUCGAUGCUCGGGAAUUUUUCGAGGACGAGCUCGAAGCACGAAUGUUCGAUGGUAAUUUUGAAUACUUGGUGGUUCGAGACUCCGAGGACGGGUCGUAUCAUCUGGUCGCCCGAGCUCCCAUUAAUCCAGCGAGCCUUCUCAAGAUCGGAAAGGUGAUAGGUAAAGGAAUUGGGGCCAUUAAGAAGCACUCGAAAUGGGCUAUUCCAGCCAUUGGUGGUGCUGGAUUUGGUGUUGGUGCACUGGCGAGAAAGAAAUCCGAAAAGCGGUCGUUUGACGAGGAUUUGGAUACCAGAAUGUAUUUGGGCAACAUAGAUGAGCUAGACUAAGUUUAGAGCCACAAAAACCUUUGUAUAUUCUUGCCUCACCUACCAAUGCGAAAGUCUAUUUGGGU